AUGUCUUCCAACGUCGGCCUUACAACGCCUAGAGGAAGUGGAACUUCAGGUUACGUCCAAAGAAAUCUUGCGCACAUCAGACCCCGCGACCAAAUCAAGCCUUAUCCCACGGAUAUCGACAGCCUCAGACAUCGGCAACGACAACCAGAUAAAGAGAUCCUUGAGCAUGACAGAAAAAGAGAAGUCGAGGUCAAGGUCUUCGAGCUACGUGAUAAACUGGAAGAAGAAGGAGUGGAUGAAGAAGAAAUCGAAAUUCAAGAAGGUGCAUUACGGAAGAAGCUAUUGAAGGAAAUGGAGCGAGGUAACGGGCCAAAUAGGAAAGGUCUGAAGAUGCAUCAAGUGCAUGAAUUGGCCGAGGCGAAAAUCAAGCAGGACGAUAAGUUCAGAAGUGCCUUGGGCAUUUCUAAGGAUUAUAAGGAGGGUGGCCAUUGGCAGAAGCAGGAAGAUAGACAGAAAGCUGCAAUGGAAAAGAAUGGCGAAGGCUCUGCAGCUGCACCUACGAGAUAA